ACCACGCCGUACAACCCCUUCUCGUACCAGAUAUCUCUCACCGGUAACGGCCAACCAUGUCAUUAUUGAGACUGCGCCCAAGAUUCCCCCGGCGUACAACGGCCGUGGUGAAUGUAGAGUCAGUGAACGAGGCAGAUGUCCAAUCGUUCUCUUCGGUGCCCACGCCUCCGUGUGGAGGGGACCGCAGUGCGCCUGUCGAGUUAACAAGAGAAGAUAGCCACGCUGGUGGGGGAGGCUCCAGCACCUCACCAUUUCCUAUCAACCGCCUCGCACCAGAGCUCCUCGCUGAAGUCUUCUACUGGUGCAUCCUGCAUGUCUGUGUCAUACGUCUUGAAAACCGCAUCCUCUUCCCCACCCCAUACUCCUGGCUCACGAUUCGCCACGUGUGCCGCGCCUGGCGCGAGAUCGCUCUGGCGUUCCCGAAGCUCUCGACGCAUAUCUGGCUGACGCGCCCCGAGUGCGUCGCCGACAUGCUUAGCAGGUCUGGCACCCUGCCGCUGCACAUAUACAGUGUAGAGCCCUGCCUGCUGGACAUUGCCACCGUCGACGCCGAGAGGGAGGCGGAGCUGUUCGGGCUCGUGCUCCCGCAGUUCGCGCGCGUCGCCCACGCCAGCCUCGUGUUCGCUGCGCGGGCGGCCGACGACCGCUGGCCCGACCCGCGACAUGUGCGCCGCGCGGUCUCUCGACUGGAGUCUCUGACUCUGCGCAUAUAUUACAACUGGACGCCUCCCUUGCCGUUGUUCGCUGGCUACGAGUUUCCAGCGCUGCGGGAGCUGGAAUGUGCAGGCACGAGCGCUGAUGUGCUCCACCCUCUCAUUGUCCCUGGGCUGUGCCGUCUACGGCUCUCCAGCUGCAAUAUACUGUUAGAAGAGCAGCUGCUUCCACUCCUCAGGCAGCUCGGUGCACUCGGGGAGCUGGAGUUGGAGAGGGCGGUGCGCCUCUCCGAAGAAUCUCACCGGACGCUAGAGUCCGUCCUGUCGUCCUCUGACCCCCGCGACAAAAUCUUGCUCCCUCGUUUGAAGAAGCUUUCCAUCGUUGAUAUAUGGGGAGAUGCAGGAUUCUGCCUCAUGCAUCGUCUCUCUUUUCCUCUUCCCGCGUACAUUUCGAUGCAGACACUGUGGGUGUCUAGUAACCUAUCAUCGUCUUGUCACGACUACGCAGACAUCAUCAUUGCAACAAUGGAAGGCAUCACUUAUAAGACGCUCUCGCUCUCCACGAUACUUGGUACAGGGUUUGCGAUCGAUCUCUGGAACGACCGCCUGGCCGCUGACAGCCUCCCUCCGCAAAGGCACUCGGGCGGCACGGGACGCUUCAGCUUUUUGCUAGGUUGUCAUCAUAGUUUUUUCAUGCAAUGUCUCAUCGACCGGCUUCCGCUCUCCCAAAUCGAGUCUGCGCUCCUUGUCGAAAAGGCGGUCGGCUUUGCACAUGGAGUAUCCUGGGAGACUGUCCUUUCGUCCAUGCCGGCCGUCGAGGACCUCGCGCUCCGAUACGAGACGUUCGAUCACCUCACGCCGAGCACCGAGCCGUACCACAUCACAACUGCAGACACACGCACGCCGUGUCCGUCACUGAAGACGCUCCGGAUACGCGAGUUUCACCGCAGGAGCUCGGUGAUCCAGAGCCGCUCCCCCGACCUCGCUCAUCUUAGCUGCCUUGCGCGCGGGUUGGCAGCGCGCCGGGACGACCCGUCUCUCGCCCUUUCUGGGCCUGUGGACGUUACCCAGCAAGUUGAGAAUUUCCAUGUGACGUAUCCCUGCCUCCGUGGGGGCGGGCCCAACGAGGAGCGGCCGCCCAGCGGCGAUGGAGUCGAUGUGACCAAUAAUCCGCCAUUGUCACCACUACCACUACCGCUACCGCCACUGCCACUGUCGCCGCCACCACCGCCGAGGAUCCGCCUCAGGGUUUAUCUAUUCCUUCAAAGUGCUUCCAAGUUUACUUUCCUCGUCGUCCGCGGCACUCCAUGAAUCGUAGUGAAUUUUAGUGAAUCAUAAGGCUUACAGUGCUAUACGUCACGUCGGCCCAACGCUUAUCGAAACUGCUUAUACCUCAGACCUUCCAUGACCAUGUC